CACCCAUUAGCCCCCAUCCACAUUCACGUCCAACGGGCCCCCAAGUAUUCGCAAGUGGUAAAAGGGCCGCGUUUGCGUUUCGCCGCAUCUCAAUAUCUGAAAUCAAAAGAAAAAUUCAAUUUAUAUCAAACCGAAAGAAAAAUCAAUUUUCUCCGAGCCACACAAAAUUAAUUGAUGUUUAAAGGUAUUGCAACCACAAAAUGAAUACCAAAAACAUUGAAAACAAACCCAUGGAUGGUACAAAAUUUCUUGAUAUGUUGUCAACAAUAUCAUUGCAGGAAAUAUUACAAUUUGAGUUUCGUCUCAAUCCAACAAGCAAAUGGGAAACAUUGGUAGUAGCCCCAGAAAGUCCGCUUAGGAAAUACAAUUGUAAUAUUUGCCAUGUUGUCCAGUUCGGCGACAAGAAUUUGUUUGCCCACCUCAGUGGCAAAAAACACAACUCUGUAAUGGCAGCUGAAGAGCAAUUGCAGUUCAGAAUCAAGCCCAUUCGAGCUCCACAAAAACCAGUUUCAGAAACCGUAAAAAAGGGCCCAAACACCAAUACGAAUAACAACAAGAACAGCACGUCUCCAGUUGUAAAACAUUUGCCUAUUUUAAACAAAAAUGCACCAAUCAAAAACAAUAAUGCAAACACUACCGUUGUUAAGCAGGAAGCUGGAAAUGAAGUUUCAAAAAUACAGCCGAUUCAAAAGAAAGGUCCAGCCAUUGCACUUAACAAGCAAAACCUUGCUAGCCCUAAGGCGGGAAAUAAUCAAACUACUCAAAAGAAUAUUCAGGGCAAUAAUCCAAACAUUCAAAAGAAUGUCCCAGUAAACAAUCCACCCAAUCUAAAGAAUACUUUACAAAAUAACACGCCUACAAAAAAAAAUACAGCGAAUAAUAUACCCGUACAAAAGAAUAUCUCGGUUAUUGGUGCACAGAAAAAACCUAACCCGAACCCGGGAAAUAUGCAAGCGAAGAAAGCAAAUGUGAAUGCGGCUAACGCAACUAACACUGCUAAUAAAAAGGCUCCACAGUCGGCAACGGCUACAGCAAACACUUCCUCGAUUUCGGGAGGUCCUGCUCCAAAAACUAGUGUAAGCAAUACCACUUUGCAGCAGGCAGCGGAUGUUCAGACCCAAAAACAAUCACAAGCGCAAACAAAACCACCUGUUCAAAAUCCCGCACAUACAGAAACAAAGCCACAGCCAACCAAAGCUGUGCAGAAUGCUAUAUCGAAUAACGCGGACUUGGCUCGCAACAAGACAACUAAUCCAGAUAUAGUCAAAAAUCCGCUUACCACGAAAAUAUCUUGUGUUCCGCUGGCCAAGCUUAUCAACUCCACACCUGAGCCCGAGAACGAUGUCAUAAUUAUUGAGGAACUGCCAAAAGAGGCUGCUAAACCGUCAGAAACUCCGAAAAAUCUCAUACCAGUUCAAGCAACAAAUCAGAACUCUACUAUUGCGGCCAAGAAGCCGACCAACAUUGCUGCGCACCCCGUGCGUCUAACUACUACCAAUAAGGUAGUAGUAAGGCCUACCUACGUUGCUCCCACGGAUUACCCAGCAGCUAGACCUGGCGGCACAUUUGAGUCCAGGAGCCAGAGUCAUGUCAUGGGCCUUGUUGGAGUGGAGUACGUCUUGAAAAUAGUUAGGAAUUUGGCUGAUAAGAAUGCCAGAUACCAAUGUUGCCUAUGCGAGAUCACUGCCGAUGAGCAAUCGAUGCACAACCAUUUGCUGGGCUAUAACCACCGCUUAAAGUAUUUCGACAAGCAUUUCCCGACAGCAAUGCGUCUGUACCGCCAGUAUGUGUCCCAAGUGCCUGAGAGCGAGGUGUGCAAAAUAAUGAUGCCCAUUUUUGAUAAGCUUGCGCAUGCCAUUGAAACGCACCAUGGUCGAAAAUCUGCCCAUCUGUGCUAUGAACAUGUAUAUUCCAAAGAUCGCCAGAGCUUGUUCUCCCAGGUGUACAAUAGAAAGCACUCGUCGGAAAAGUUUGGGCCCUCGUUCACACACGUCGUUGAUGCUAAAGAGGUGGAGGAGUUGAUCAACAGGGUUAGAAACAACGUUCAGCCCUUGAUGAACAUUGAAAAUCCGAAUCCUUACUACGUCCCUCCAUACGUACCUCAUUAUGUGGGAUAUCAGAAUGUGCCCGAAAAAAAUACACAACCGCCCGUUGAUGACGAAACGCACAAGCGAAUGGUCGACAACUUUCUCAGGGACACCAGACAUAGUUCGGGCGAUGUCCAUAAGUCUCGAAACCCAAAGCGGAACCGCUCCAGAUCCAACUCGCCUGAUCAAAGGAAGAGAGUCACCCACAAAAGGCACUGGAAUGUUGAGCGUAGAUCAGUGUCGCCUUUGCGCGAUGGUGACCUUUGGCAGGCGUACCGCCACAUGGUAGAUCAUAAGGUGCGCGAGCUAAAUAUGUCCUUCGACACAUACAAAUCUGACCCCGAACAGCAUCCAAACUAUCAGGCUGAGUGGCAAAUGUUUUGGAAGCGCCGUAAGGAUGAACUUAUACUGGCUGGCAUUAACCAUCGCACGUACAACUUUCAAAACGAGUGGAUUCAUUUCUUUAAUGCUCGCAUCGAGGAGUUGUACAAUCAAGAUAUUGAAAAUAUCAAAAUAAAAUGUCGCGAACGUUUGUGUUUGCCAAUGACCAAUAACGAAUUAGCCGACGAAAAGUAUUAUGUUCAUUUGGGCAAAACGGACGAGCCCGAUUUGCGAAAGCCAGAACCUAGAAAUGAACUGCAGAAAAUGAUGGUUGAUGAAGAGAAUCUGGUUGUGGAGCCACCGAAUGUGAUCCAUGUCCUACGUCUUUUAACCGCUUUGGAAGAUUACCUGGGAAGUUUGGGUCCUUUUGUUACCGAAAUGCUAGUGAAAGCCUUGCAAACGCAAAAGAUUAAUCCGGAAAAUGUUCAUUCAUCAAUUUUAACAGCCGAAAACUGUGCUAUUUUGGAGACCGUUAAAGAAAAGUUUACUGGUCUCUUAAUAUCCCAAAUUUAUGAUCCCGCUAAAGAAAGGGCUUUGAAAAGAGCUAUUAAUGACACUGAACUGUUGCUUCGAAGUGCCAGUAAACUUAACCAUUCCAAAGAUAACGCUCAGCACGCUGAGCAACCCGAUAUGGCCAACAAAAAACCGUAUAGCCAUGAUAAACCAUUGGACAAAACUGAGCUCGCGGCGAAACUGGCUUCCUCAUUGAUGUCCCAAGGCAAAACAUCUAUUAACCGAGAGGAACUUCAGAAGAUACUUCAAGUAUACACGAUGAUUGAGCAGAAGAAACGCCAGGACGUGCCCUCCUCUAGCAGUUCCAUAAAUUUAUUGCCCAGCACUUCCACUAACUUGAUUCCAAAUUCCAAUAGCAAUGGUAACCUGUUGACACAACAUUCAUCUAGAAAUUUAAACAUUGCAAGCAAUGCAAAGCAACCCAACAAUCCGACCAGUAUGCAUACUGGUCAAAACUACUCCGGAAAUGUGGCCCGCUUUAACAACCAACAAAGCACUAACUUAGCUAGCACCUUUACCUCGAACGCGUAUCCGACUGAUCGUGGAUUUGGGGGAUCCGGCGGAUUUAAUAGUCAAGUCGGCUCUGCACUACCGGCAAUCAACCCGAGCAGCGUUUUGCGAAACGAUCUGACCACGUCGUCACUCUUCAACUUCAACACCAAUUUGAACCCAUCUUAUAACAACCCUAACCGGAGGAAUCCUAAUUUUUAGUUGAUAGCACGUAAUGCGGAUAGAUUGAUAACGAAUACUUACAUUAAACCCACAAUAAUGUAAUCACAACAUUUUCAAAUAAGCUACAUUCAUUGAAAAUUUGUACAACAUUUGAAGAAUGUAAUGUAAAUAAAUCGAUUUUAUAAUGACA